AUCAAGGAUAAUGACAACACUGCAUGUUUUUAUGAAUUUUGGUAAACCUAAUAUUUUUAUCGUUUUUCCAUCGUUUGUUUUGUAUUUUACACAAUUCAGAAUGCAUAAAAUUAACUUUACAAGCACAUAAUCCAACAUAAUGGUAGAACUAGGCAAUUCAAGCAUCCUACAUUUAGGAGACAUCGUCUCCUUGUAUGCUGAAGGGAACGUUAGUGGGUUUUUGAGUACACUUGGAUUGGUUGAUGAUCGGUGCGUAGUAUGUCCAGAAGCAGGAACCCUAUCCAGUCCACCAAAAAAGUUCCGAGACUGUUUGUUCAAAAUAUGUCCUAUGAAUCGGUACUCUGCACAAAAACAAUUUUGGAAAGCUGCGAAGCAAAGUAUUGGCUCUACCACAGAUACAGGACUUUUGAAAAGAUUGCAUGUAAGCAACUUUCUUCAUUAGGAUCUCCUUGCAUUGAAUUUUGAAGUAUAUUUGCCUCCCAAACUAAAGUAAGUGCAGAAUAUUGAAAGUAGGGUCACUUGGCGGUCAAAUUAAAUUUUUUUUCACUACGUCCAUGCACCUGUCCUCCAAGUAGCUAAAGUGGCAGGUACUGCAUGGUGGAUCCCAAGACCCAACAAUCUGUAAGUGCUGUCAAUAGAGUUUUAGC